GCCAAAACUUUAUCCAUUCGCAUGGCGUUUAUUUUCCAACAAUUUUCUACCGAGUUUAACGGCCACUCUCAAACAAACACACACAGUUCGCUGGAAAAAAUAGAAGAAAUAAACUGAAAAACUGAAGAGAAAAAAUUCAAGUGCACAUAAUUUGGCCAUCACACAGUGCACAGAGAUUUUGUGAGGGUAGGGGAAAAUAUUUGGCAUUUUUGCAGCUUAACUUGCUAAACUAUUUGCUAAAUUUCUGUGCUCCCUCUUCUCUCUGGCAACCAAAAGAAAAACAAAAGGAAGCGAGCCGCCGCCGCCUGGCAACCAUACCCCAUAUAAUACCAAGAAAAAAACCCCCAAAGGGUUGUGAAUAAAUUUUUCGGCUUUGUUGGUUCAAUAAUCUAGAAUCUAUGGCCGUUGUUUGGGACAUGAGUCGAUGGACGCAGGCGUGGCGGACUGACAGUCUGUGGCCGACGCUUCGCUCGAGCGGUACAAAAGCCAUCACGAGCGGUACGAAUAUGUACGGUCGCCAGGCGGGAGGUAAUGCCAAUCAAUCGGUAUCGAAUGUUAAUUCAAAUAGUGGAGCGGCAAAUAGUACAAAUAGUGGCGGUGCCCCACAUGAUAAAUUGAAAAUUGGUUUCUGCACCGAUUUGGAUAAAUCGGUUUUGGUCAACAAUUUCGAGAAGCGCGGCUGGCAUCAGGUGAACGGCGACGAUGAUUGGCAUUUCUAUUGGGCCGGUGUGCAAACCUGCAGGAAUAUUUUCAGUGUUGACAGUGGCUACCGGAUGCAUGACAACCAGAUGAUCAAUCAUUUUCCCAAUCACUACGAACUUUCGCGCAAGGACUUACUCGUAAAGAACAUUAAGCGAUAUCGCAAGGACCUCGAAAGGGAUGGCAAUCCUUUGGCUGAGAAAACGGAAUCCAAUAAUUCCAGUGGCACAAGGUAUCUUUAUCUAGAUUUUGUGCCCACAACAUUUGUAUUACCAGCGGAUUAUAAUAUGUUUGUGGAGGAAUAUCGCAAAUUUCCCCUGAGCACUUGGAUCAUGAAGCCGUGUGGAAAAUCCCAAGGAGCGGGUAUAUUCCUUAUCAACAAAUUAUCCAAACUCAAGAAGUGGUCAAGGGAAGCCAAGGGUCCUUUUCACCCGCAAAUAGCCAAGGAGUCGUAUGUGAUCUCCAGAUAUAUAGACAAUCCCCUGCUCAUAGGUGGUAAAAAGUUUGAUCUACGUUUGUAUGUUCUGGUGGCCUCUUUUAGACCUUUAAAGGCCUAUCUAUUUAAGCAGGGUUUCUGCAGAUUUUGCACAGUGAAAUAUGAUACCAGCGUUACGGAAUUGGAUAAUAUGUAUGUGCAUUUAACGAAUGUGAGUGUGCAGAAACAUGGCGGCGAAUAUAAUACCCUACAUGGUGGCAAAUGGUCGGUGCAAAAUCUGGCUUUAUAUUUAGAAGGAACCAGAGGAAAAGAGGUUACGGAUCGUCUGUUUGGCGCCAUAUCCUGGCUUAUAGUUCACUCUCUGCGGGCCGUGGCUCCUGUGAUGGCCAGUGAUAGGCAUUGCUUCGAGUGCUAUGGUUACGAUAUUAUUAUAGAUAAUGCCCUGAAACCCUGGCUAGUGGAGGUCAAUGCCUCUCCGUCGCUGACUUCUACCACUGUUAAUGAUAGAAUACUGAAAUACAAGCUGAUUGAUAAUAUUUUGUCAGUGGUUCUGCCCCCCGAUGGAGUGCCUGAUGUGCGUUGGAAUAAGGUGCCCAGUGCCGAUGCUUUGGGCAACUUUGAACUACUCAUCGAUGAAGAGUUGGCCGCCCAGGAUGAACAGCACCAAAAUAGCAGCAGCAAUGCCCAUAGUAAAACCUCUAAAAUGGGCAGCCGUUGGAAGUGACGAAAGUAGAUUAGGGGAGGGAAAUCACAGGGUGUUAAAAAAUAAUUUAUAAUUGAAAUAUAUUAAAGGAAGGGCAAAUUAAAUCAAUAUUCAAAACAUUACCAAAUAACCAUGUAAAUAUACCAUUAAAAAUUAUUUUAGCUAACAUAUAAAACAUA